AUGGCCCCUCCUCGAGACUGGUUCGCCCAGUUAGAGAAGAAGGUGACGAAGGUUGCUCGCGACAUACGCCAGAAAAGGCAGAUAAAGCAGCUUUUUGAGGCAGCCAAGGAGGUCCGAAAGAGGCAGAAAGAUGAGAAGUGCUAUCCCACCAUACCUGUAACAGGUAUAGACACGAACGAGGUUGAGGAGUUCUUCAAACUAAAGGAGAUCACAAUGAAAGACCCAGAGGCCUGGGGCAUCGGCCCCGACGACACAGUCGAAGUUCCUGCUUACCUUCUCGAAUCGAUGAGAGACGAGAAAGAAAUCUUUCGCCGUGCUCCUAAUAAGGAGGCGCUGAACCGCGUGAAAAUCGAUACGAUCCUGAAGGCGGCAUGGUGCAUCAAAAGGCAUGACAACGUCCAGGCACAACUUGAGCGCAAUCUUAGAGUCGAUAUACCCAUUGACCGCCCCAAAAAGACCGUUGUAGGGGCGGUGGACUACGCAGUUUGGUACGGCCGCAAUGCUCACGAUCAAGCCGCAUGCAUCUGCAUAAUUGAGGCUAAGAAGUCAGACCAAGACGGCUUUUAUCAGGCACUGAGUUAUAUGGCGAUGAUUCUCAACAUCCGGGAAAGGGAUGGCUGCACCCGUCAGGUGGUUUGGGGCAUCGCCACAAAUGCUAGAAAUUGGUGUUUCAUACGCCUUAACCCCGAUCGAACUUACUCGAGUAUCACCUUAAGUCUGGGACGGGAUGAGCUCCCGGAGAUUUUGACUUUGUUGGCGGCCAUCAUGGACCAGGCUGCCAUUAUAUCUCCCGUGUCGUCGAUUGCGUCAUAG